UCAUUAUUUGCAGGAUGUUUACAAAACGAAUACCGAUGUACGAACAAAUGUAUUGAACUGGUGAAACGGUGUGAUAAGAUUGCUGAUUGCGAUGGGGGAGAAGACGAAAAAGAUUGCAUACCCACUGAUAAAGCAUGUGAUUUCAAAGAUGAUUGUGGUGAUGGAUCGGAUGAACUUCAAUGCAAGCACAGAGAAUGCUGGCACGGAGAAUUUAAGUGUAAAAAUUCAGAAUGUAUUCGUCCCGGAUAUCUGUGCGACGGUGAAGUUAAUUGUGCAGAUGGUUCCGAUGAAGAAUACUGCGAAACAAGUGAUUUUAUUAAGUGUGGCGGGAGUCAUUCGGUACACUCGACGUUUUGGUGUGACGGAUGGCCAGAAUGUGCAGACAAUCAUGCUGACGAAUUAUUGUGUAACGCUUCGUGUGCGGGGAACAAGUUUCAGUGCCCAAACGGAAGAUGUAUUAACGACGCCAAUGUAUGUGACGGACUAUGCGAUUGCUUGCCAAGUAUCGAUGGAAAUUGUGCCGAUGAGUUGAAUUGCACGAAGUUUUAUAAUAAAACCGAUGAUGUAAUUGUGUGCACAACAGGAUCAACGCUCAGUUGUUGGAUGCCCGGGGGAAAUCCUUCGCGUUGCAUACGCCAAAAAUAUAUUUGUGAUGGGCAAAAUGACUGCUUUAAUGGAUUUUCAAUUUCGGACGAAUUCGGUUGUGACAAGCCAAAUUCGCAUUUAAACGACGAAUUUUUCCGGUGUCAUGACGGGAGAUGGUUACCGUUUAAACACCGUUGUAACUACAAAGCGGAAUGUUUAGACGGUGACGAUGAAACGGAUUGCGAAGUUUCGUUACCCUGUGGUGAAGAACAGUUCCGGUGUGCUAGUGGCGAAUGUGUGAAAUCCGAGAACCGCUGCGACGGCCGUACCGACUGUUGGGAUAAGAGUGACGAAAUCGGAUGCGCGUCCGUACCGUGUCCCGGUGAAAACUGGUCGAGGUGCAAGAUUGGCAAACAGUGCGUGCCAAUGGAAAAAUGGUGUGAUUAUAGGGUCGAUUGUAUGGACGGUUCUGACGAGAAAAACUGCGAUUAUAGAUUAUGCAAAGCUGACGAGUUCCGAUGUGAUAGUGGUCAAUGUAUUCCUUUAGAGUAUAAAUGUAAAAAAUAUCGAGAAGAACAAAUGGGUUGUGUAGACAAGUCGCACCUAAGAAAUUGCGUCGAUUCUAAAUGUGCUGAAAAUGAAUUCAAAUGUCAUCGGGGGCCUUGUAUUCAUCAGUCUAUGGUGUGCGACGGGCAAUUGGAUUGUGAUUUGACUUGGGACGACGAAGACAAUAAUUGUUAUUUCAUGUGUUCGGAUAUAGCAUCUGGUUGUCAGUGCCAAGAUGUCCAUAUAAAUUGUACCGGUCACGGUCUUGAUCAAUUUCCGUACGAUGUCGAAAAAGAAAUCACCUUUUUUCAUUUGGGUGGUAAUAAUUUUUCCGAGGGCCUUCAUGAAAAUACAUUUGAACAUUUGGAUCGCUUGGUUUAUUUAGACCUGAUGAAUAACUCAAUAAAACAUUUGGAGCCAUUAGUGUUUUCCACGCUUUGGCGUUUGAAAACAUUGAACUUACAACAUAACGAAAUAACGAUUUUGCGAAAUUGUUCGUUUUUGGGACUUGGUCAGCUGACGGGAUUACACUUACAAGGGAACAAUAUCUACAAGUUGAGCUCAAUGGCAUUUCAGGGUCUAUCUUCUUUGACUACACUUGACUUGAGCCAUCAGAACAUUACGGAUAUAGAAACGGAGGCUUUCGUUGGUCUUAGAUCGUUAAAAAGUUUAGACCUAUCACAUAACUCGCUCACUCAUAUACGGGACGGCACGUUUCGCGGGAUGCCCCAAGUUGUAUUUUUAAACCUUAAGAAUAAUCAAUUGAGAGUCAUAGACAAGAACGUUUUUUUCACCAUGCCGUUACUCGAAACACUGUUUACCGACGAGUUUCGUUUUUGCUGCUUGGCCCGGUACGUGAAACAGUGCGAUCCGCUGCCCGACGAGUUCAGCUCGUGCGAGGACCUGAUGUCCAAUAUCGUGUUGCGGGUGUGCAUUUGGAUACUGGCCGUGGUCGCGAUCACCGCCAACCUGUUGGUGAUCGUGUUCCGGGCCAAGUACAAGCACACAAACCAGGUGCACUCGUUCCUCAUCGUCAACUUGGCGUUGGGUGACUUUCUGAUGGGCUCGUAUCUGCUGGUGAUCGCCGUGGUCGACUGGUACUACCGGGGCGUGUACUUUAUCCACGACUCGGACUGGCGACGGAGUUCCAUGUGCAACGUGGCUGGUUUUAUAAGCACAUUUUCCAGCGAGCUAUCCGUGUUCACGUUAACCGGUAAGCACAGCAUUAUUAUAAAAUACGUUAAUUAACAUAUUCAUUAUAAUAUAUAUAUUAUUGUCUAUCAGUGGUGUAUUUGAGGGAGGUUAGGUUUGAGGAACGCCCUCCCCAUGACUUGAAGAAUAAUUGGUUUUUAUAUAGAUGUAAUAAUUAGGUACGAUGAUGUUAGGGCAAAACGAAUUUUUUUCAUUUGGUUCUAUAUGUUUUCAUAUUAUAAUUGCUGGCUAGAGUUUCUAAUAAUUUUUUUCCAUGAUAUUAUUUUCUACGUGCUGGGGAUGGGCGUUUGCUUUGGAGCAGUAAAAUGUUAUCACAUAAACAGUCGCAUACUCGCAUAAGUGCAUAACUGAUUUACAUCAUCAGUGUUAUCACCCGGAUUAAAGUUAUUUUACUGUAUAAAUAUUAUCUUAAUUUAUAGUAAGUUGUCUAACCCCAUAAAUCUCCUUUGAAAUUGAAUAUUUAGUAUUAUUUCUACUAGAAAAGUGUCAUCACUUAUCAGACGCAAAGGUAAAAAUAAAAACACUUGGUAAAACCAAUAGGGUAUUGUUAUACGUCAUUGUUGUCUACACAGUAUAUACUAAUAUAUUAUAAAGCCGAAGAGUUUGUGUAAUUGUGUGCUUGAUCGCGCCAAUCUCAGAAACUACUGAAUUGAUUUCAAUAAAAGUUAUAUCAAUAGAUUCUUUGAGACUCGGGGGUGAUUUCAGUAUACAUUUUCAACUCCUAUAUAUCUAAGUUGAUAUAGAAACUAGUUUACACGAGAAUCUAGUUUUGGCUCAUAAAAAAAUCAAAUAAUAUUGUUUUAUAAUUAUUGGUUAGGUACAGAAGAAAUUGAUAUAGACUAGCCGAACCACGACCACCAUAUAUUGCUAUGGGAUUUUUUCAAAUAAUAAAUAUAUUGAUCGCUACUUUUAAAUAUGUACAACCAAAGAUAAUGUCCUUAUGUGUGUACUGUGUAGGUUAUAGAUUCAAAAGCUAUACUUGACGAAAGUUUCGAAGAUUGUUUGUGAGAUAUCAUGAAAGUUUAGAAAGUAGUUUGGAAUUAUACCGAUUGCUAUAUAUCCGAUCCACAACAGAUCCGGUGAAUUCUCCAUCUCGGUCGAUUUAGUUAACAAACCGAGGUACGCCGAUGCUGAUUUUUGUCCGUGAACUGAGGUAUACUAAAACCGAGAUACAUCAAUAUAUCAUUUAUGUUUGUUAAUUUUUUGCUGGCCAAAUUAGGGUUAUACAGCAAGUAUAUUAUAGUAUAAUGUUAUACACAAUACACUGUACCGUAUAGCCCGCAAAUCGCAGUGGUGCUUCGUGGUCAAUAACUAUUUGAACAACUCAAAUGCACUUAGUUCAUCGUUUGAGUUUGGUGGGUAAGAAGGAUUCUAUCGUACAUUGCGAAAAUUGUCACUAUUCUAAUGAAAAUCGAACGGAUCUCCAACAUGUAAAAAAUAAAAAAAAAUCGAUUUAUACGUUGUUAAUAAUUAUAAUGAUUAUCAUUUUUGAAAAUUAGAUAUAAUCACUAUUCCACAAAGUACGUAAUCCCUUUUAUGGUAUUUAAUUUCAUAUUUUGUUGCCUAAUA